UUAAUAACGAGUUGCUCGAACUUAGCACAAUAGAAGCAAGAACUGUUGAGAAGAUUUGGGUGUGCUUGUCGGAGGUUUGAAAGAAUAUUAAGUGAUACGCCUCUACCGUGAGAGCCCUACGACAGCCUCAAUUGUUGAGGGCACCGAGUUAAAAAAUGGCAGGGGGAAAUUUCAUGAACAGGGUACUGCACUAUGUUAUUAAUGAACUUUUGGUCGAUCGCCUUGCCAACAGUCAUUCAUUUCAGAGAUUUGCAGUGAAAUCAUCAAAAGCAAUUCAAGAAUUAUCUCAGAAAGGUAUUCAGAAAAGGGAGGAACUUGCUGAACAACUGAAAAAAGUUUCGGAAACCUGGAAAUCUGAGAGUUCCACUAGCCAAUUUGGAGAUUAAUGUGCUGACAAGUUCACAAAAGAUUGGAAAGGGCUUCAGAGAUCAAGAAAGGCAAUAAAUUUCGCUGUGCAGGGAAUGCUUGUGUCCAUGGCUUAGCGUGUUCCACUUUCAUGGUUUUGACAACUUUUAAUUCUAAAAUGCUCUGAUUUCUUGCAUCUGGCUUCAUCCUAUGGGAAUAGAUGUGGUUAAUCUAGUUAAAUAUUGUUGCAACUCGCAACAGCUGUAUAUGAUUUAUUUGUUGAUCUUUGUGGUUGUUCUAAUAUGGGAUUCGUACUUUCUGUUCAUUCUUAAAUACAUCUAAAGAUUAAAGAAAAUGUUUAUAUAUAGAUUCGAAGAAUUUGAACUAUCAUAUUUUGCAAUUUAAAUGUAAAUGUUCCUUCUAUUGUU